CGGGGGGGCGGACCUUAAUGAGAACACGACUCGCCUUGUUGUGUGUGUAUUCCCGUGCUCUCAUCGCCAUCUUGUUGCAAUCCUAUUUUUUUUAUUUUUUUUAAUUUUUUUUACGUAUGCGAGGAUCUACUUUCCGAUCGCUCGGAUUAAAAAUCACCCCUCUUCUUACAGGAGAAACGCAAGGGGAAGAAAAGCUCUGGCGUGCGGGUGUGAACCUUGCACACGGCGCGCUGCCUACCGGGACUCUACCUACCCCCAGCUCGGUCUUUUUUUCCUCCUUCCGUCCCGGGCCACCGGGUCGCCUGCCGUGAGGGUUUCCACGCAAUGAGCAUCGAUACACUUUUGGAGGCGGCCAGAUAUCUGGAAUGGCAAGCCCAGCAACAACAGAUCACACGUGAGGAAGAGCAGCGCAAAGAGAAGGAGCUCAUCAACAGGGAGGCAGAGUCCAGACGUGUGGAGCUUGUUACCUCUUCGUCCCUGACAGUCAGAGCCAACCAUGUCACUUGGUGUGAUGAUGCUCACCGUCAACAGCCGCACCACCCUCCUGCCCCUCUACUGCCUUCUCUCCCGCCCCCUCAGGUCCCCAUUGCUGUCAUUCCAAUGGUCCCAGUUGUUACUGCCACACCCUCGGUCCCAGCCCUUCCACUCCCAACGCCGAUUGCAGCUGCAGCGACAACACUCUGUGGCUCCCCGCCAGUCAAGAAUGCCUCCUCCCCUCCGCAGCAACAGAAACAGCAACAGCCUCAGCCUCAGCAGCAGCAGCAGCAGCAGCAACCAGCCUCGUGCCACCUGUUGUGCGCCCCCCAGAUGAAGUUAGAGACAACUCCACAGCUGGUUGGUGUAAAUCCCAACCAACCACAACCACAGCCUCAGGUUCAGAUUCAGUACCCAACCUCCAUCAGCACUAAUGGCUCUGGCUCUCAACAUGCACUGAUUUCUCAAGCUCCACCCACAUCUCAGCAGCGGCCUAAUGGAGUGAUGAUGGAGGACCUCAGGGGGAUGGAGGGGAAGAGAAGACCUGGAGGAGCGGGGACCAGAGAGGUGCAUAACAAACUGGAGAAGAACAGGCGAGCGCACCUCAAAGAGUGUUUUGAGACGCUGAAGAAGAACGUUCCAAAUGUUGACGAGAAGAAAACCUCCAACCUCAGCGUUCUCCGCAGCGCCUUGCGUUACAUACAGACUCUAAAGCGUAAGGAGAAGGAGUUUGAGCACGAGAUGGAGCGUUUGGCUCGAGAGAAGAUUGCCACGCAGCAGCGGCUUGCCGAGCUGAAGAACGAGCUCAGCCAGUGUAUGGACGUCAUGGAGAUCGACAGAGUCCUCCGACAGACCAUCCAGCCAGAGGAUGACCAGGCCUCCACGUCAACUGCCUCAGAGGGUGAAGAGAACUUUGAGCAGGACAUUGAUGAGGACGUCCCCGCUCCUCCUGCUCCCACGUCCCUCCCCAAACCAGCAACCACCAUCUUACAAACCCAGCAGCUAAUCACCUCUCCUCUGUCGAUACAACACGCCACCAUGCCUCUCGCUGGAGUCCUGGCCACGCCUUCCCCCUCUGCUCCCCCUCUCCCUCAACCCAUCGCCCCUGCACUAGCCCCAGGUCCACCCCUGGGGUCGCCAGCUCAUGCCAUUCAGACCCCGACUGUGCAGGUGCAGCCCACCGUCAUUGCUCAUGCCACUGUCUCCCACCCUUCAGUCAUCCAAGCUGUCAACCACGCCCUGCCAGCAGCCAACCACAAGCACCUAACACACAUUGCCCCGUCACCGGGCCCCAUCUCCUCCACCCCUCAACCAAUCGCGGCGGCUCCAGCUGUCACCGCCACUCACCAGCCGAUUGCUGCCCAGCCCAUCGGACACAUAACCGUCCACCCGGUGGCUCACCUGGCAACACCCCUGCCAUCCCACCUCCCCCUCUACCCCCAGGGCGUGUCUGUCUCAGUCUCCCAGCCGGCCAUGAUGGGCCACAUCACCCACACCUUCCCCCACCACCCCCACGUCCAAGCCAAUCCUCAAGCUAACACUAAUGGAGCCCAGGUGAACGGCGCAGGCAUGGUGAGCCAGGGGAGCUCUUCGCUAGGGAAGCCCACAGCAGUCCUGGCCCCCCAUCCCCAACUGGUUGGGCAGGCUGCCGUCCUUAACCCCGUCACCAUGGUUACAGUCCCAACCUUUCCCGUCAGCACACUCAAACUGGCCUGAAAGAAUGAAAAACAGAAACGUAGGUGGGAUGGACUGACAAAUGGCAGACAGGAGAAGAAGAAAAAUAUCCAGCGCCCACCCAGGAAAACGUCUGGAUCAGUUUUCACACUCCUAUCAAUAAUCAAUAGCUCUGAAAGAUGCAUGUGAUCAAUAUCACCACAGAUAUCUAGGUCGCAGCUCUGUUCGUUAACCUGUUUCUGAACAAUAACAUUUUAGCAGAGUCAGAGGAUCAGGCCAUUGUUUGUGAAAAUAAGACUGUGACAUUCGUCCCCCGCUGCAAAAACAGGAACUUUGUUUUUCCUUCCUCUCUUCCUUCCUUCCUUCCUUCCUCUCCUGUUUCCUUCUUUCCUUCCUGUACCCAUACAACCAGAAGCACUAACAUAAUAAGCUCAGUUCACACUCAGGCAUCAAGGAUUUACCUUAACUAUUCACUCACUCAUUGAGGGAAUGCGCACGAGAGAGAGGGAGAGAGUAUUGUUUGUCAUUAGGCUGUUGCCGU